AUGGAAGCUAAACACUCCUAUUCAUCUACGCCUUUAACCGAGGAUCGAAAACAACAAGACUCCUUCCAGCAGGAGUCGAACUUGUCCCGUUAUUCCUCAUCACAAAGCUCCCAGACCUACACUAGCGUACCUUCUGGUACUGGAGCUUCAGGACAAAGCGCAACUAGUUUUACGGAAAACAUGGAACUACAUCAUUAUCAAGUUGUAUUCGCUUAUCAGCAAGCCCUAUCCGCAGAUCAGCAAGACUUCAUCCACGCUGGUUCCUGGGACACAAUCGAGCCACACUCCGAUACCUUCAUUAUCGAAAACGAUUCUAUUCUCUCCCCAACCUACCGAAACGGCGCCGCCGUCGAGCCUGCGAGUCGAGCAAAUGGUGAAGAUACAGAGGGAGGCGAGGCCGUCGGACUCUUCAGAGCCAGUCAACAUCGCAAGGUGUAA